AUGUCGACAACAAACAAGCCAAGGCUCCGCUUGACCAUUGAUGCAGGAUGGGACGAGGAGGAUGAUGUUUCUGAGUCAAGCUACGCGACGAAUUCUUCACUAGAGUGCAAGAAUAUCGAUGGCCAGGGAUAUGUCAAGUUACCAAAGACAGGAACUGAGAUGAAGGGACCAAACAAGUCAGGAUUUGCACCGAUAUGGGGGUUUGAGAUGGUCCCCACGUCGACUUACGCAUCCUUCUCUCAUUGUUGGGGACAAGCAAAGACGUUGAAGCUGCUCCAGACGAAUAAAGUCGAGCUCCAGAAUGGCAUAGAAAUAGCGACGUUGCCAGCAAGUUACAAAGAGGCGCUCGAUGUCAUGGUGGGGUUCGGCAUCAAGUUCAUCUGGAUCGACUCGCUUUGCAUCAUCCAAGACUCGAAAGACGACUGGCGUGCCGAGGCAGCAACCAUGUGCGAUGUGUACCGCAACUCCUUGCUCAACAUCUCCGCAUGCGCCGCAGCCGAGAAUUCGGAGUUGAGCUUCCAGAACCGAGACACGGGCACCAUACGGCCAAUGGAGGUAUUCCCGAAGUGGCGCGGCAUCAAAAAUGAGCGGUUCCUUGUUACUAACACCGACAUUUGGAUGCAAGAAGUUGAGGAGUCCCCGUUGUACCGCCGCUCAUGGGUUCUGCAAGAAGCACGGUUAUCCACUCGGAACCUGUGCCUCACACGCAAUCAGCUCUGGUGGGGAUGCCGUGGAGGAACCUUCUGCGAGACCUGGCCUGAUGGCCUGCCCAAUGACAUGGACAACGCCAAAGGUCGUGAAAGAGCAUCAGCUUCCGGACAGACCUUCACCCAUUUCAUGUGGUGCAGCUUGGUCGAGAAGUACACGACGUGCGGCAUUACCGUUCUUUCCGACAGAAUGAUUGCCAUCGCAGGGCUUGCAACUGCAUAUCACGAAGACUUUGCUGGCGAUGAGUACAUCGCUGGCAUGUGGAGGUCUCAACUACGUCAGUCACUUUGCUGGGUUGCGGGUCCUGAUGAGAUGGUUCCGAUGAAGUAUCGGACCACCGAGUAUCGGGCGCCAUCAUGGUCGUGGGCUUCGGUUGAAGGAGGGGUAUACUUCCAUCACACCAGGUACGGCCCUGAUGGUAAUCAUCCAACCUCAGUCUGCGAUGUUCUGGACAUAAAGCUGUCAAAAGUAGGGCCUUCUCCCUACGGUGAAGUAACCGGGGGUUUCCUACGACUUCGUGCUCCGUUGGUCGAGGUCGAGGUUGGAGACGAAGCGUUACGUUUCCAGGGAGCGGACGGGGGCUUUCACCUUAUACCGGGGACGGCUGAAGAUUUGGACCAGGAGCGGUGGAACUUUGACCAGUACACGUCUGUUGUGCUUGACGAAUACACGUCCUACAUAGAGGCCAUGAUAUCGCAUAUCAGCGCCCCAGCCAUUGACUUGAGCAAGAGUGUCGAGUUUAACGCGGCAAAGAGGAUGACAAGGGUUGCAGAACAGUGGACGAAAGUCGACGGACGGCUAUUCUGUGCUCCUAUUAUUGAAUGGAAUAGUCCGGAAGGCAGCGAAGGCGCCGGCAUAGUCCUUGUCCUUCCCAACUCAGGACCCGUCGGUUGCUAUCAGCGAGUCGGCUCGUUCAGGUGGAAGGGAGAAAAGGUCCAGAGCCAUCUACACAGUCUGAAGCUACGUGAGUUCAACAUCAUUUGA